GAGCUCUUGUUUGCUCCCUUCCUUGUUUUCAACUUUGACCUCAGACUUGUGCACGCUGUAAAUGGAAACAACGUGGAUAGGAAAAGAUUAAAGUGUUAUUUAUUAAAUACAGAGUUGGCAGAGAGUUAGUGUCCCAUGUUUUCUUCCGCCUCGACUUAACAACUCGACUCCUCCGCGGCUGAAAGAUGGGGAAGGUGCCUAAGAAGAGGAGUCUUGCCGACAAGGUCCGCAAGACCAAGACCUCUACUGAGAUCAAAAACAACCCCUUUGAAGUGAAAAUCAACAAGAAGAAAUUUGACAUUCUGGGCAGAAAAACCAAGCAUGAUGUGGGUCUGCCUGGUGUGUCUCGAUCCAAAGCCAUUAAUAAGAGAAAAGAGACUCUCCUGAAGGAAUACAAACAGAAGGGCAAGUCCAGCAAAUUCAUUGACAGACGCUUUGGGGAGUAUGACACCAACAUGGCACCAGAAGACAAAAUCCUGAAGAGGUUCGCGAUGGAGAGACAGCGUGUGCACGAUAAGAAGGAUUUGUUCAACUUGAAUGAGGAGGAGGAACUCACUCAUUACGGCCAGUCGCUGGCUGAGAUGGAGAAAUUCAAUGACCAUGUGAAUAGCGAUGAUGAAUUAGAAGAGAAAGGUUCUUUGUCAGCUGAGCUGACUGCCACCCACUUUGGAGGAGGGGGCCUCCUCAGAAAGAGAACAUUAGGGGAGCAGGAGGGGGAAGAAGGAAGGAUGAGGGCCAAGUCCAGGCAGGAGCUGAUAGAAGAGCUCAUCCAGAAGUCCAAGAAGGAGAAGCGUGACCGACAGGUGCAGAAAGAGGAGUCACAAGAGCUGACUGAGAAGCUGGAUCAUGAGUGGAAGAGCAUCCAGGCUCUGAUGGUGCAAAAGAUGCCCAAAAGCGAACGUCCCGAGGAGGAGAAGCCAAAGUUGGAACAGUACGACAUGAUGGUCAGAGAGCUCGUCUUCGAGAUGAAGGCUCAGCCAUCGGAGAAGCUGAAAACCCCAGAGGAGCUCGCCCGGGAGGAAAGGGAGAAGCUGCAGAAACUGGAGGCGGACCGUCUCAGGAGGAUGAUGGGAGAUCAAGUCGCGGAGAGUUCACAGAGUCAGAUUCACAUGUCUGCUGAUGACCUCAAUGAUGGCUUCAUCCUGGAUAAGGACGACCAGAAGACCCUUUCUUAUCAGGAUGGAAAAUGGAACAUUGGAGAGGAAGAUAAGAAUGAAGAAGAGUUACAGAGUGGAGAGGAGGAGGAGGAGGAGGGAGAGGAGGAGGAGGAGGAGGAGGAGGAGGAGGAGGAGGGGGAAUCAGAGGCAGAUGAGGAAGAUGGAGAUGAAGAAGAAGAGGAGCAGGAGGGGAGCAGUGAAGAAGAAGAUGCACACUCAGACCUGGAGUCCGAGCAAGAGAGCGAGGAUGAGGAGAGAAAACAGGAGGAUGAGGAGACCAGUGCCAAACCGAGUCUGAGCAAAGAGGAGAUAAAGGCUCAGCAGGAGGCAGCUAAAGCAGAGCUCCCAUACACAUUUACUGCUCCAGAGAGCUUCAGCGACCUGAAAGAUUUGCUGCAUGGCCACACCCCGGACAACCAGCGCCUCAUUGUGGCCAGGACUCAGAAAAGCAACCACGCUAGUUUGGCUGUAGGCAAUAAGCUCAAACUGCAGAAACUGUUAGGCUUUCUGUUGGAGUACGUUGGAGAACUGGCCACCAGGAGUCCACCUGAACUCACCACCAUAGAUAAGCUCAUACCAGAGUUGUACACUUUGUGUCAGAUGUUUCCGGAAGCCGCCUGUAAGGCCAUGCAGAGCGUCCUCGGAGACGCUGGACACAGCACGGAGGAGGUGCUUGAGGUCAAAGGGCAUCUUGCUUUCCCAACACUAGACAUGCUCAUCUACUUGAAGGUGACAGCCCUGCUGUUUCCUACCUCAGACUUCAGACACCCUGUCACCACUCCAGCGCUGCUUUACAUCAGCCAGGCUCUCACCAAGUGUCCAUUGAGAUCCUUACAGGACGUGACGUCAGGUUUAGUGCUGUGCUGUCUGGCUGUGGAGUACGUCUCUUUUUCAAAGCGCUUCCUGCCUGAGCUCAUCAACUUCCUGGCUGGAACGCUACAUCUGGCCGUGAAGGACAAGACGUCUCUAGGUCGCAUUGUGGUGCCGCCUUUUAGGCCAUCGGGGAAGUGCAGUGAUCUGCUGGUGUUGUCGGAUCCCGAGUCCUGCAAGAACUGGAGCAAGAAAAGCCUUUCAUUGUCCGCGACCCAACACCUGGAGCUCAAAAACGACCUGGACAGAGAUCACCAUAGGUUGAUGUGUCUAUCUACUUGCCUGGACCUGGUGAAGCGGUGCUGCCUGCUCUACAAAGACCACAUGUCCUUCACACACAUCUUCCAGCCAAUCAGAACGCUGCUUUCCAAACAUCUUUCAGCCCAAGCCCUACCAGAGCUUUUACAGGAGCUGCACAGUGAGAUCCUGGAGACCAUCGGCAGCGUUCCUGUGACUCACAGUCGGCUGGUUUUAGAGAGGAAGAAGCCAAUUCCUCUGAAGCUGCUCACACCCAAGAUUGUUGAAGUGUUGGACUACGGAAAGAAGCGUGGCAGCACCAGAGAGGAGAGAGAGAAGGAGAAACUGAAGCACAAGUACAAGAAGGAGUUCAAGGGCGCUCUGAGGGAGAUCAGGAAGGACUCGCGCUUCUUGGCCAGAGAGAAGCUCAAUGAGGUCAUGGACAGAGAUUCGGAGAGAAAGAGGAAAGUGAGGGAGCUCUUCGGCAGCUUGGCCACUCAGGAGGGAGAGUGGAAGGCCCUGAAGAGGAGGAAGGGGAAGUAAAAUACAGAGUCUUCAUCGCUUCUCUCCAUCACCUGUUCCCUGUCAAAUGGACAUCCAACAGCCUGUACGAGGUUGACAUUUGUGGAACUGUUUUGUUCUUAAUGGAUUUUUGUUUGUUUUUAAUCGCAAGAUGAUAAAUUCAACUUCCUUGUCGCAACACACAUUUUAUACAGUUUGACAAAUAGCUGUGAGAAAUGCUCACCGAGUUGUCAAAUAUUAUGAAGUAGGCGUUUGAUGCGAGGAUCGGAUACUGUUGUUGGAAACGUCAGUCAACACAGCAGUGAAUACUUGAUUUGCAUUCUUUUUGUUUUCACCAGAAUGCAUCAAUAUAAUGUGCUAAGUACAGAACAAAUAAACGACUGUUCUCUUAUUUUCCAUCAA